GGUGGACUGAAAAAUUGUGAAAAGUUCCCCGAACUUGACAGAUCACUAGUGAGAUAAUAAUUAACAAUUAAUUGAGGUAAACAUAUAAUAAGACUUAUUAAGCAUGUCUUACUUCGUUGCCAAAGUUAAGAAUGUUCUUAGUGGUGAUACUGUAGUUUUAGUUCCAACUAAGACAAGUCAAUUCCCUCCUCCAGAAAGAAUUCUUACAUUAUCUUAUGUUAGAGCUCCAGAUACUUUUGAAUCAAAAGAAUAUCUUCGAGAAUUACUUAUUGGAAAGGAUAUUAAAUUUAAAGUUAAUUAUAAGAAUCCUACUACUAAUAGAGAAUUCGGAGAUAUUCAAGCUCCAAUUUUUAAAUCUUUAAUUGCUUACUUAUUAGAAAAGGGUUUAGUUAAAUUAAAGGAUAACUUUAAUGACCAUGAAGGUGAUAUUUAUUAUGAAUUAAAAGAAGUUGAAAAUGGUGCUAAAUUAAAAGAUUUGGGUGUUUGGGCUUCUGAAUCAUCUGAAAUUUCUGUAAUUGAUACUUUAAAUGAAAAUAUCAUUAAUAAAUCUCAGAAAUAUCCAUUAAAGGUAAUUGUUGAAAGAGUUAUUAGUGGUGAUAGAAUUGUUGGUAGAAUUGUGGCUAAUAAAUCUCAACAUGUUGUAACUCCAAUUUUAUUGGCUGGUAUUAAAACUCCAAGAACUGAUGAUGCUACUCAAUCAUCAUCUGUUACCAAAGUUGCUCAACAAGCUAAAGUCUUUGUUGAAGAAAAAUUAUUAACUACUAAAGCAGAAUUAACUAUUAGUAUUAUUGGAGAAAAUCAACAAUCUGGUUUACCAAUUGCUAUUGUUCAUCAUCCUUCUGGUAAUGAUAUCAUUGAAAAAUCUUUAGAAUUAGGUUAUGGUGAAAUUGUUGAUUGGCAAUCUACUUUAAUUGGUUCUACUAAUAUGGUUAAAUACAGAAAGGCUGAACAAACUGCCAAAGCUUUAGGUAAAGGUUUAUAUGCCAAUGUUAGUACCCCAACUGCUUCAACAGCAGUAUCUCCAAUUAAAUCUUUAAAACCAGGUCUUACUGUUGAUAAUGUUACAAUUGCUAAAGUUGUAAGUGCUGAUACUUUGGUUAUUAGAUUAGGUAAUGAUGAAGAAAUAACAGUUCAAUUAGCAUCUAUUAGAGCUCCAAAACCAAAUGAUACUACUAUAACUACAGAUUCAUUAAAGAGACAGGCUUUAGCAUCUUCAGCUCGUGAAUUUGUUAGAGCAAAAGCUAUAGGUAAAACUGGUUCAAUAUUUGUAGAUGGACUUAGACAAGAAAAUAAAGAAUUAGGAUUUGAUUCAAGAUUCUUAGUUAGUUUUAAAUUUGGAUCUACCGAUUUGAGUGAAUUAAUUGUUGAAAAUGGAUGGGCCACUGUAAUUAAACAUAACAAAGCUACAAAUCAUGAAAGAUCUCAUAAUUGGGAUAAAUUAGUAGAAAUUGAAGAAAAUCAAAAGAAAUUAGCUAAGAAUGGGUUAUAUGCAUCCAAUUUGGAUAAAGUUUUAACUGUUAGUAAUAGAAUUAUUGAUGCUUCUGAAAAUGCUACUAAAGCCAAAACUUUCUUUAAUGGAUUCAAACAAAAGGGUAGAAUUUCUGGUGGUUAUUAUAUUGAAUUCAUUCCAUCUAUUAAUAGAGUUAAAUUAUUUAAUCCAAAGGAAGGUACUAAAUUAACUUUAAUUUUAGGAGGUUUAACUAAUGAAAAAUCAGAAGCUUUAGGUGAAAAGGGUCUUAAAUUUUUAAAUAAGAGAUUUUUACAAAGAGGUGGAGUUGAAUUUGAAAUUUAUGAUCUUGAUAAAUUAGGAUCAUUUAUUGGUAAUUUAUACGUUAAUGCAAAUGCAUUAGUUCCUAUUCAAGUAUCAUUAUUAGAGCAAGGUUUAAUUAAAGUUCAUAAUUUAGCUGUUAAUUCUAAUCCAUUUGCAAGUGAUUUAAUUAAAGCUGAAGAUUCAGCUAAAGAAGCCAAGAAAGGUAUUUGGGCUAAUUAUGAUGCUUCUGCCGAAGUUGCCCAAGCUGAAGCCAAACUUUCAGCACUUAAUGUUGAAAUUAAACCUAAAUUCUUUGAUAUUGAAGUAGUUGAUGUUGAUAAAGAAUCAGGAGUUAUUUCAUUCCAAUACUUAGAUUCCGAAACAGUUAAGAAAUUCAAUGAAUUUAAAAAUUCAUUUAAUCUGUUCCAUGCUCAAGCUCCAUCAGCUAGUGAAGUUUCUAUUGAUUUACCAUUUAAUUUGAAAAGAGCUCCAAAGAAAAAUGAUUUAGUUUCAGCUAAAUUUAAUGAGAAUGGUAAAUAUUAUCGUGCUAAAGUUAUUGGUCAUGAUAAGAUUAGUGGUAAAUAUGAAGUUAAACAUUUAGAUUUUGGAAAUGUUGAUAAAGUUUCAAUUGGAUCAUUAAGAACUUUACCAGCUAAAUAUAAUUUAAUUAAUUAUCCUCAAUUUGCUCAUACUACAGUUUUACAAAAUAUUUCUUUACCACCUUCUAAGCCAACUGAUUAUUUAACAGAUGCAAUUUAUGCAUUAGAAGAUUUAACUUUUGAUAAAAAGUUGGUUCUUAGUGCUUUACCUUCAAGUACAUUUGGUAUUGAAUAUGAUGGUAUAUUAUAUGAUUCUGAACAAUCAUUAAAAGAUCCAGAUUAUACUAUUAAUAAACAAUUAGUUAAAGAAGGAUGGGCCAUUGUUAAUAAUAAGAUCGUUAAGGAUCAAGUUAAGGACUAUGUUAAAUCAUUACUUUCUGAACAAUCACACGCCAAAUCUCAACAUUUAGGAUGUUGGGAAUUUGGUGAUGUCUCAUUUGAUGAUGAAGAUACUGGCUUAUAGGGCUGCCGAGUUUUAUUAGUUAGGUUUUCUGUUAAAAAUAUAAAAUAGCAUAUACAGUUUAAAUAAAAAUUAAAAUAAAAAUAUACAUAAUUAAACGUACUAAAUUAUUACUGUAGGUAGUGAUUGCAAAAUAAAAAUCUGUUUGCAGCCCAUAUCUCCAGCCAAUGGAC